AUGGACUUCGUUCUAAUAGUGCUCACUUCGAUACUCAGCUUCCUGCUGGGUUAUCUUCGAUAUAGCUUUCAAUACUGGGAGCAGCGAGCAAUACCCCAGCUGAAGACGCACUUCCUUGGACAUAUAGCCAAGCUGCGAUCCGUGCACCUGGGCGAACUCCUUCAGGAAACCUACGAUGCCUUCAAGGGAAGCGCCCGUGCUGGCACCUAUGUCUACCUACAGCCUGUGGCAGUGAUCCUGGACUUGGAGUUGGUCAAAUCGGUACUCAUUAGGGACUUUGGCAAAUUCGCAGAUCGGAGGAGCUUCCAUGGCGAUCCGCUCACCGCAAAUCUAUUCAACAUGCAGGGCGAGGAGUGGCGUUCCCUUCGCACCAAACUCACACCCACUUUUACCAGCGGAAAGAUGAAGUAUAUGUUUGAAACCAUCACUGCGGUGGCCCAGCAGCUGGGCGAAACCUCUGAGGAAUUGGUGGGUUCAAAGGGCGCCGUUCUGGAGUUGCACGAUCUACUGGGUCGCUAUACCACCGAUGUCAUUGGAAACUGUGCCUUUGGCACAAAGUGUAACAGCCAAGAUCCCCAGGCAGAGUUCCGGAAGGUGGGUCGAAAACUAUUCCAAAAUAGUGGCAGAAGCAUCCGCUGGCGCAUCUUCAAGUCCACAUACUUCACCUCACUGACCAUGGGACUGCCAGUGCGGAUCUUUAGCCCGGAGGUUGCCGAUUUCUUCAUGCGCAUUGUUCACGAAACUGUCGAGCUGAGGGAGCGUGAGAAGAUCAGAAGGAACGACUUCAUGGAUCUACUGCUAGGUCUUCGCGCCAGGAGAACGGCAAGGAUUAACCGUGGAGCAAUGGCUGCCCAGGCUUUUGUAUUUUUCGUUGCCGGAUUCGAGACCAGUUCGAGCAACAUGAGUUACGCGCUAUACGAGCUGGCCAAGAACGGGGAAGUGCAGGAAAAGCUGCGGGAGAUACGAGAGGUAAUCGCCAGACAUGGACAACUGACCUAUGAGGCCAUGAUGGAGAUGACCUACUUGGACCAGACAAUCACAGAAACCCUUCGCAAGUACCCAGCCUUGGCCUCCCUGACCCGUAUUGCCUGAGACUAUGAGAUACCGGCUCGCGAUGGUGGCGAGUCUGUUGUCCUGGAAAAGGGCACCAAUAUACACAUACCCGUGCGGGCCAUACACUAUGACCCGGACAUCUAUCCGGAGCCCAACGAGUUCCGGCCCGAGCGCUUUGAACCGGCUGCCUGCCAGGAGCGACCGGCGGUUGCCUUCCUGGGCUUUGGUGAUGGGCCGCGCAAUUGCAUCGGGCUGCGCUUCGGGCGGAUGCAGGUGAAGGUGGGCCUGAUCACGCUACUGCUGCGCUUCCGUUUCCGCCUGCCGUCUGGAUCACCCGAUAGGCUGAUGGUCUCACGGCGUACCAUGAUACUCAUGCCCGACAAGGGUGUUCGGUUGCAAGUCGAUCGGCUGGCGACGGACCAGUGUCGCGCCUAA